GCGACUGCGGACGGAAUUCCCACGUGAUGGUGACGUCAGCGCGCCCGCGCUGGCAGGCCUGCCGCCUUGGGCUUCCGCGGGUCCCCGGGGUCGGCUUGGACGCUUUACGGCCGGGUGUGGUGGUGGUUUUCUCCAGACGCCCGGGGCCUGGUCUCGGCCUGCACCAUGUACCACAACAGCAGCCAGAAGCGGCACUGGACUUUUGCCAAUGAGGAGCAGCUGGCACGGCUGCGAGCCGACGCCAACCGCAAGUUCAAAUGCAAAGCGGUGGCGAACGGGAAGGUUCUUCCAAAUGAUCCAGUCUUUCUUGAACCUCAUGAAGAAAUGACACUCUGCAAAUAUUAUGAGAAAAGAUUAUUGGAAUUCUGUUCCGUGUUUAAGCCAGCAAUGCCAAGGUCUGUUGUGGGAACAGCUUGUAUGUAUUUCAAGCGUUUUUACCUUAAUAACUCAGUAAUGGAGUAUCACCCCCGGAUAAUAAUGCUUACUUGUGCAUUUUUAGCCUGCAAAGUAGAUGAAUUCAAUGUCUCUAGUCCACAGUUUGUUGGAAAUCUGAGGGAGAGUCCUCUUGGACAGGAGAAGGCACUUGAACAGAUUCUGGAAUACGAACUACUUCUUAUACAGCAGCUUAAUUUCCACCUUAUUGUCCACAAUCCUUAUAGGCCGUUUGAGGGCUUCCUCAUUGAUAUAAAGACUCGCUAUCCCAUGUUGGAGAAUCCAGAGAUGCUGAGGAAAACAGCUGAUGACUUUCUUAAUAGAGUUGCAUUGACGGAUGCUUACCUUUUGUACACACCUUCCCAGAUUGCCCUGACUGCCGUUCUAUCUAGUGCAUCCAGAGCAGGAAUUUCUAUGGAAAGUUAUUUAUCAGAAAGUCUGAUGCUGAAAGAGAAUAGAACUUGCUUGUCACAGUUACUAGAUAUAAUGAAAAGCAUGAGAAACUUGGUAAAAAAAUAUGAACCACCCAGACCUGAAGAAGUUGCUAUUCUAAAACAGAAGUUAGAGAGAUGUCACUCUGCUGAGCUUGCGCUUAAUGUAAUUACGAAGAAGAGGAAAGGCUAUGAAGAUGAUGAUUACAUCUCAAAGAAAUCCAAACAUGAGGAGGAAGAAUGGACCGACGAUGACCUGGUAGAUUCUCUCUAACCGUCUCAAAUUGACUUGUCAAUGCUAACUCAUCAACAGCAGGGGGAAGCAUAUCUGGCUUUGUAAAAUGAAAUAAUGUAAAAGCAUCUAAAUAUAUUAAAUUUUUCUAUUUAUGUUAUGUAAAUAUUCUUCCUUUCGGGGUAGCUUUUUGUGAAAUAAAACGUUUCCAAAGAA